AUGGACCACAUUGUUGGACUCUUCCGACCUGACAGCGCUCUGGCACUUCCAGAAGUACCCUACUUGUGUAAACCUGAACACAUCAACAUCAAGCCGCUCUCCUUUUCAGACUACCCUGCUCAACUAGGGUUCGAUAAGCAGGCCAUACUCUUUGGUGACUAUUCUCAACAUUCGGUCUCGGAUAUAGCAUCCUUCUUGCAGACAUGGCUAUUCUUUGGUCUUUUGGAGGAAUUUAUUGGUUCUUCUAUUGAGCGAGAAGCCUUCCUGACUUCUAGUACACGCGGAUCCUUUAUCUCUACUCGGAAGGCACUGCCGCACUAUCUGAACACAUGGGGGAAGAGCAAGCCUAGUGCAAGGAGACAUCUCGACCGCGUUGAGGCUUGCGUGGCAGAAGUUCGCGCAUUUGUCCCAGCUCUGUUGGAUGGCGACUGCCCACUGCCGCCGCCGGCCGCCUUGUCGAUAUUGAUAUUAGGCGCAACUCUAGAAGCUGUGACGGUUCAGCAGUUUCCCGCGUUUCCGAUCAAGCGGUUCAGUCAACCAGCCAAGACUACUUGGGGUAUGCAUCAGCUGGUUGAGGAAUGGCUGUUGAAGGCCGGAUGGUGUGUGAAUGACAUCAAUCGAGCAGCGGAAACCCUGAGUCUACCGACCUUGGUCUUCGCGGCCAGUAUUGCCAGGAAGGAAGCUGUUUUGCCGGACACGCAUGCUUCCUGUUCUGUAGAUGCGUGUGUGGCUCGAGAUUUCAAGGACAAACCUUAUCAUACCCAGCAUGUUUACGGAUCGUCCUGCGGCUGUAGUGGACAUAUCGGAUGGAGCGAAGAGCAGAGUGCUCAGAUGAAGCAGAUAUUGGAGGACGGCGCAGUCCCUGUGGUGGUGAUCAACACCACCUCCGAUCAGCCAGGUGCCGCCUUGAGCAUUGAGGUUUUGCGGUCGGAUCAAACACGAUAUAUUGCAUUCUCGCACGUCUGGGCUGAUGGACUUGGAAACCAGGAGGGGAACUCGUUGCCAGCUUGCCAGCUGUUGAGACUGAGUAAACUCGCAUCGGACCUCGUCAGCAUCGAGAGCCGCGGGAAGAAAUCCUUCUUCAGCAAGUUCCAUUCGUCGAAACCAUUGGCCAUCUGGGUCGAUACUCUAUGCAUACCUCGAACCAAGCCACACAAGUCCCUCGCCAUUUCACGCAUGAAUCAAACGUAUGCCGAAGCAGCCAAGGUCUUGAUACUCGAUUCCGAACUCUACACUCAGUCUUUCACCCCCGAUCAGCCCGAGAUCAUCCUCUUCCUACUCCUGGCCUCAGGCUGGGCGCGACGAGUGUGGACCAUGCAGGAAGGAUCGUUGGGGUCUGACAAUCUCUACGUCCGCACGGCUGAUGACUUCGUGAACAUCUCCGCCCUUUCACGGCAGCUGGAGAAGAAGUGGGAGAAAAGCGACAUGGUCACCGACACGGUCUGGAUUGACGCAUCCAUCAUCGUCCAGGAGUUCAACUGGCUUCGACUUGCCCAUUCGAACAGCUACUGGCGCGACCGCGUGACCGCUGUCGCCGUGGCGUUGCACCUCCUCAACGGGCGAGCGUGCACCAAUGAUGGCGAUGCGUAUCUCUGCCUCGCGGGCAUGAUUGGACUUCCGCCUCCUGUGGUGCGAGAAGUCGCCGACACUCCGGUGAAGGAGAGGACGAUGGUCCUACUCCGAGAGCUGCGGUACGCGCCUCGCGGCAUCAUUUUCUCUCCAGGUCGGAAACUGCAGGUCGACGGGUACAGAUGGGCCUGCGAGUCAUUCUGGAAAACUCAGGCUUGGAAUGACGACCAGGUGGCCGAAGUCAAGGCGAUGAAAGAACUCAAUGGCGGCGUCGGGCUGAAUCUCGAGUACCAGGGCUUCUUGUUGAAACCGUUUAACUUGAACCUCUCCGGCCAAGCAGCAGCCAACCAUGGGUUUGUCUUUGAAUACAGCGCCGCCAAACUACAGUAUAAGGCCGUGUUCGACAAGUCGGCCGGGGAGAUCACCCAGAUCUUUGCCGGCUUGGCCUAUGACCCCGACAAAUCCCGGCUGGGGAUCCUUGUACCGGAACGAAACGUUGCGCGCCGUCCUAUGCGGGUUGCCUCGUAUCCUGCGGCCCUCGUGAUGCUGGUUGAUCGCAAGCGGUCGCUGCUCGAGAAAGCGGAUCCCUCCAGGCCGAUUGUGUGCAAAUAUGUCUGUCAAAUCACUCUGGCCGCAGCGACCGCCGGAGAUGUAGAGUCCGCAAAGAGCAAGGGAGAACUCGGGCAGGCCGAUCGUCCGAAUAUCCACAUGAAAUUCUUGGGAGCGGACGAGGGCGUCUCUUAUCAUUCCUUGCAUUGGUGCAUUGCCUGA